CCGACCCGGCACGGCCGGCCGGAAGCCAGCGCCGAACGCCGCUGGGCGGGGCAGGAAGCGGAAGUGACCGCAGAAGCGCGGCGGCGCGAUGGCGACGGCUGUAUGGGCGGCUGCGCGGCUGCUUCGGGGUUCUGCGGCUCGGUGCGCGCGGCCCAGGUUUGGACCUCCUGCACACAGACAGUUCAGCAGUGGCGCCCCAUACCCCAACAUCCCCCUCUCUUCUCCCUUACCUGGAGUGCCCAAGCCUGUCUUUGCUACAGUUGAUGGACAGGAAAAGUUUGAAACCAAAAUUACCACGCUGGACAAUGGGCUUCGUGUGGCAUCUCAAAAUAAGUUUGGACAAUUCUGUACCGUAGGAAUUCUUAUUAAUUCAGGAUCACGAUAUGAAGCAAAGUAUCUUAGUGGAAUUGCCCAUUUUUUGGAAAAAUUGGCAUUUUCGUCUACUGCUCGAUUUGACAGCAAAGAUGAAAUUCUGCUUACCCUGGAAAAACAUGGUGGUAUCUGUGACUGCCAGACCUCAAGAGACACCACCAUGUAUGCUGUGUCUGCAGACAGCAAAGGCUUGGACACUGUGGUGGGCCUGUUGGCUGACGUGGUUCUGCACCCCUGCCUGACAGAUGAAGAAAUUGAGAUGACGAGGAUGGCUGUCCAGUUUGAACUUGAGGACCUGAACAUGAGACCUGACCCAGAGCCACUGCUCACCGAGAUGAUUCAUGAAGCUGCUUUUAGGGAGAACACAGUGGGCCUGCACCGGUUUUGCCCUGCAGAAAACAUAGCGAAGAUUGAUCGAGAAGUGCUGCAUUCCUACCUGAAGACCUAUUACACCCCCGACCGCAUGGUGCUUGCUGGAGUGGGAGUGGAGCAUGAGCACCUGGUAGAAUGUGCCAGAAAGUACCUCCUGGGAGUUCAGCCUGCCUGGGGAGCUCCUGGAACUGUGGAUGUUGACAGAUCAGUGGCACAGUACACUGGGGGGAUUGUCAAGGUGGAGAGAGACAUGUCCAAUGUCAGCCUUGGUCCAACCCCAAUUCCUGAGCUCACACACAUCAUGGUGGGACUAGAGAGCUGUUCCUUCUUGGAGGAGGACUUCAUCCCCUUUGCUGUGCUGAAUAUGAUGAUGGGAGGAGGGGGUUCCUUCUCUGCUGGAGGGCCUGGCAAAGGCAUGUUCUCCAGGCUCUACCUCAACGUGCUCAAUCGGCACCACUGGAUGUACAAUGCAACCUCCUACCACCACAGCUAUGAAGACACAGGCCUCCUGUGCAUUCAUGCCAGCGCAGACCCAAGACAGGUUCGAGAAAUGGUGGAAAUCAUCACAAAGGAGUUUAUCCUGAUGGGCAGAACAGUGGAUUUGGUGGAGCUAGAGCGGGCCAAGACGCAGCUGAUGUCCAUGCUCAUGAUGAACCUGGAGUCCAGGCCUGUGAUCUUCGAGGAUGUGGGGAGACAGGUGUUGGCUACACAUUCAAGAAAGUUGCCCCAUGAACUAUGCACGCUUAUUCGCAAUGUGAAGCCAGAAGAUAUCAAGAGAGUUGCUUCCAAGAUGCUCCGUGGGAAGCCUGCUGUGGCUGCCCUGGGUGAUUUGACUGACCUACCCACCUAUGAGCACAUCCAGGCAGCGCUGUCCAGCAGAGAUGGGCGCCUGCCCAGGACAUACCGACUCUUCCGGUAGAGUCCCUGUGGGGCCCUUGAGGGCAGGCUGCGGAGUGCUUCUGUGCAUGUCAUUGUUGGUGUGGACGCUGUGUAAGGACGGCUGGCUCUGUGAGCACUGCCAACAGUGAGACUUGGAAGCCUGAAUGAAAGUUACUGUUGCCACUGCGCCUGUGUCUCUAGCACAAGUGGCUUCUCCGUCAUCUAACAAGUGUUCUUUACUAAGGAGUGUCCGUCUGGCCACUAGAGAUUCUAAAAACAGGAAGGUUGGGGAGUAGGGCACAGGCUUGAGGUCGGAUCAGAGAUAAAACAUUGCAACCUAAAGCGUACAGGGUCUCCCAUGAAUUAGGAUCACGGGUGCUGCCAUACUCACUCUUCUUCCUUUAAUUAGGACCUCACAGCAGAGUCCUGACUGGCCUGGACCUCAGUAUGUAGACACCAAGCUGGCCUCCAUUAUACUGGGAUUCCAAAUAGGAGUCACCAUGCCAGUUGAGCCUCUCAGUUAUUUACAAAGCCCCAUUUCUAGUUUCCCACGUCAUCCGCACUGGCUUCAAUGUUUAACUGACAUUCCCUGGGUAAACUAAUGGCUGUCUAAAUGUAAAUGGUCAUCACUGCACUUUGCCCCCAUCCCAAGACUUGAUGUUGUUCAUCUCGGGUCAAACCUGGGAUGUUCAGGAUUACUUCAGUCCUUUUAAAGGGCCAGAGAAUGUCCACAAAAAAGCACCAAAGGCAGUGGUGGUGCACACCUUUAAUCCUAGCAGGAGGCAGAGAGAUCUCUGUGAGUUAGAGUCAACCUGGUCUACAGAGUGAGUUCCAGGACACUCAAGUGUACCCAGAGAAGCUUUGCCUUGAAUGCUGCCCGCCCCCUCCCCCCCAAAAAAAGAAAAAAAAAAGCACCAAACCUU